AUGCUACUACUUCUACUGCUAUUUGUGACUGGUACUGCUGCUGCAACUAUUGCUACUACUACUACUGCAGCUGCUACUACUAUUACUACUGUGACUGCAACUAUUGCUACUGCUACUACUGCCUAUGUAGCUACUACUGCUGCGACUACUCCUGCUGCGACUUCUAAUGAUGCUGCUUGUAUUGCUACUACUACGGCUGCUCCUACUUCUACUGUUGCUUUGCUUCUGUUGCUAAUACUGCGACUGAUAUUUCUGCAAAUGCUUCUCCUACGACUAUUACUUCUACUGCUGAUGCUAAUACAACUACAACUACUUUUGACUACUACUGCUGCAUCUACUACUGCUACAAGUGCUGCUUCUGCAAAUGCUACUACUACUGCCGCUAUUGCUACUGCUACUGCUACUACUUCUGUUGCUGCUGCUAUUACUACUGUUGUUGCUUCUACUACAACUGUGACUACUACUGGUUCUACUACUACUCCUACAACUACUUCGACUGCUAUUGCUGCGACCACUACUGCUGUGACUGCUAUUGCUGCUGCAGCUAAUGUAACUACUGCUGCAACAGUUGUUGCUGAGACUGCAACGUCAACUACUACUGCUACGACUACUACUGCUGAUGCGACUGCUACUGUUGCUGGUGCUACUGCUUCUAUUGCUGCUACUGCAGUUACUACUACUACUGCGACUAAUGUUACUACAGCUACUGCUGCUUUAGCUAAUGCAACAAUUGCUGCGAAAGUUGUUGCUGCGACUGCUACUGCUGCUGCUACUACUACUGCGAUUGAUGUUAUUGUGACUGCUACUACUGCUGCUACUACUGCGACUGCUAGGGCUACUACAGCUGCAACUUCUGCUAUUGCUGCUACGACUGUUGUUGCUAAGACUGCUACUACUAAGCAGAAUGUGAAUGACUACUACACUAAUGAUACUACGACUGAAGCAACAGGGUCAUGGGUAAGGCUCCAGAAGGUAUCAACUUUGAUUUUCAAGGGUAUUCAAGGUCAUGCUACAGGAAGAGAUGGGAUCGGGAAUGAAGGGAUUCAAUCAGAGGCACAUAGAGACCGGUGA